UCAUCAGGAGGUAUUCAGUAAAGGCAAGAGAGAGAAAGAAAGAGAGAGAGAGAACCUGAAGUGAACAAGGAGCGGCGAGAGAGGUGAAGAAUGUCCGAUCUGCUUGUAUCUGCUGAGUUUGAUUCAUAAAGGAGUGCAAUUUGCUUCAAUUUAUCGAGGAAGUGCUUUAGAAGACUAUCUUUCUUGAUUUUACUUCUUCAUAUUAUCUCUCUAGGGUUUCGGAAAUCGAGCUAAUGGAACCUGAAAAACCCUCUAGUCUUACUGGAAACUUGCCUCCCGUUGAUGGAGGAAGCAAUAUAGAUAAUCGUUUUCAAGAUCUAUGCAAGAAUGUGUCGCUGGAUGAUAAAACCCUUGAAGAAGCUAAUAAGUUGUUUAAUGAGUGCAAACAGCAUCUCUCUGCUGCUAAUUUCGCAUCUAUUGGAAGUGUAACGCUGGAAGAAGCAGAACCGCAUUGGUUCUCGUUUAUUUUGUAUACUGUCAAAAGGUUGACUGAGACCAGUGUGGAUUAUACUAAUAAAAUCAAUGAGCCAAACAGUUUUAUUCUGUCAAAGAGUUUAAGGGUGUUAAAGCUGAAUAUUGCUGAUUUUUUCAAAGAACUUCCCCACAUUAGAGUGAAGGUUGUUCAAAUUCUGAGAAACAUGUAUGGCGCAGAUUGGGAACAAAGACUAAAGGCAGAAGAGCUGCAGGCUGACUUUGAAAACUUGGUCCUUCUAAGCAAGAAAUACAAAAAUGCGUUCCAGGAGUUUUUCUUGUCCAGAGCUGCAGAUGUGGAUGAGCAAUCACCUGUUUCCAGUUUCACGGGUCCUGUGCUUAACUAUUACAGAUUUGGAUGGUUACUUUUCCUGGUGCUCCGCAUCCAUUCUUUAAGCCGGGCUAAGGAUCGAGUGACAUGUACAUAUGGUUUGGUAUCUGUAUUGGCAAUCUUGAUUCUUCAUGUUCCUGUUGGCCUCCGAUCUUUCACAACUGACGACUCACGCUUUGUUAAAAAGGGAGACAAAAUAGAUUUGGUUGCGUCUCUGUGCAAUAUCUAUGAGACCUCGGAAGAUGAAUUAAGGAACACUCUGGAGAAAACAAAUGAAAUGGUAGCCACCGUUUUAAAUAUAAAGCCAUCUCUUGCAUCUGAAUGUGACACUGAAAAUUUGGGCAACAUUGACUCAGAUGGGUUCACUUUCUUCAAAGAUUUGAUGGAUGAUAAAUCUUUUACUUCCUGUUUAAGUAUUCUGGAACAAAAAUAUGAAGAUGCUAGUUUUAACAAGGGCGAAUUGGAUGAAAGGAUAUUCUUUGAUUGCAUGCCUUAUUCUAGAAAAUCAGAGGAUGCCACGAGUAUUGAUGGAGGAUUGAAGAGGAAAUAUGAAUCAAUACAGUCGCCAGAAAAGACCAUGACAAGUCCCCUUUCACCUGAAAAGUUCUCUAAUGGAUCGAGUGUAAACGGGAAUGUACAUAGUGGCCUUGCAAAGAUUGCAGCCACUCCUGUAACCACAGCAAUGACAACAGCAAAAUGGCUGCGUACAGUCAUUUCUCCCAUGCCAUCAAAACCCCCUGCAGGGCUGGAACUCUUCUUAUCAUCAUGUGACAGAGAUAUAAAAAGUGAUGUGGUCCGUAGGGCUCGAAUAAUUUUGGAAGCUAUAUUCCCUAGUAGUGCUCUUGCUGAGAGUUGUGUGAAUGGAAACCUUCAAAGCAUGAAUCUCAUGGACAAUCAAUGGGCAGAAAGGCGUAGGGAGGAGGCACUUAAAUUGUAUUACAGGGUUUUGCUGGCUAUGUGUACAGCAGAGUCUCAGACUUUGCGUGCUAACAAUUUAACUGCAUUAUUAACCAAUGAAAGGUUUCAUAGGUGUAUGCUUGCCUGUUCAGCAGAACUAGUUCUUGCAACUUAUAAGACUGUAACAAUGUUAUUUCCAGCUGUGCUGGAAAAAACUGGGAUUACGGCCUUUGAUCUUAGCAAAGUGAUAGAAAGUUUCAUUAGGCAUGAAGAAUCUCUCCCACGAGAAUUGCGUAGACAUCUGAAUUCACUAGAGGAGAGGCUUUUGGAGAGCUUGGUAUGGGAGAAAGGCUCUUCUUUGUACAACUCUUUCAUCGUUGCAAAACCUGCUCUUGCUUCGGAGAUAAACCAUCUUGGGUUUUUAGGAGAACCAAUGCCAUCUUUGGAUGCCAUUGAGAUGCAAAAUAAGAUGUCUUGUGGAAGUUUAACUGCUGUUCCAGCUUUGAAAAAGCAGGAGACUUUACCAGCUGAUAAUGGAGAUAUUCGCUCACCAAAGAGACCAUGCACUGAAAAUCGAAGUGUGUUGGUAGAGCGAAGUUCCUUUACUUCUCCAGUUAAGGAUCGACUUUUGGCCUUAAAUACCCUUAAAGCCAAGCCAACUCCUCCCCCUCUUCAGUCUGCAUUUGCAAGUCCUGCUAGGCCAAAUCCGCGCGGAGGAGGAGAGACUUGCGCAGAAACUGCAAUUAACGUGUUCUUGAGCAAGAUUGCAAAGUUAGCUGCUGUUAGGAUCAAUGGCAUGGUUGAAAGGCUGCACCUAUCUCAACAAAUAAGAGAAAAAGUUUACCAUCUUUUUCAGCAAAUCCUUACUCAGCGCACAAGUCUUCUAUUUAACCGCUACAUUGACCAGAUCAUCCUCUGCUGCUUCUAUGGAGUAUCAAAGAUAUGUCAGCUAAAUCUGACAUUUAGGGAAAUAAUUUACAAUUACAGGAAGCAACCACAUUGUAAAACUCAGGUCUUUCGUAGUGUGUUCAUUGACAGGUCAUCAACAACUCAUGGAAAUGGGAGAAACAAACAGGAUCUUGUUGAUAUCAUUACAUUUUACAACGAAGUGUUCAUUCCUACUGCAAAGCCUCUGCUAGUGGAGCUCGCCCCUGCUGGAACACCUCAGAGGACUAAUCGGCUUCCUGAAGUUAACAUUGGCAAUGGCCAAUGUCCAGGUUCACCCAAGAUCUCUCCAUUUCCAAAUGUUCCUGACAUGUCCCCGAGGAAAGUGUCUGCUACACAUAAUGUAUAUGUUUCGCCAUUACGUUCAUCAAAGAUGGAUGCUCUGAUUUCCCAUAGCUCUAAAAGCUAUUAUGCUUGCAUUGGAGAGAGCACACGAGCAUUCCAAAGCCCGUCAAAGGAUCUGACAAGCAUAAAUAACUGCUUGCAUGGAAACCGAAAAGUGAGAAGCAUGUUGAAUUUUGAUGAAGCUGAUGUGGGGUUGGUUAGCGAUUCGCUUGUGGCGAAUAGCCUGUGCCUUCAAAGCGGAAGCAGUCAUUCUGCUUCAGGAGCGCCACCUCCUUAAAUUAAAUCUGGAAUCGAUAAUAGACUUCUAUGGUUGAGAUGAAUUGUUGUGUUGUAGAUAAGCAGUAACUGUAUUUCAAGUGUUUUUUUUUCUUGUUGAAUUAUCAAAUGAAGUUAUCUCAUUUUACUCUUUAUUAGAGCUUCUCCCUUUGUUUAAGUUAUUGAAGAAAAAAUAGUUGCAUCCAAUUGAACCCCCUUUGGUGGUGUAUUGUGUAUGUUAGAAAUGACCCUAUGAUUAAAUGGUUUAAUAAAAAAAGUAUGUUUCAGCAUGCUUU